AUGUUCACCAAAAGCGUCGUUGGCAUUACAAGUGUAGCGGCUGCAAUUAGCAUCUUCAGUGCUAUUGCAUUCAUCGGCUACCUCUUCAAGGAAAUGAACGAAUUCCACGAUCAUGCUCUGAUAGAACUGAGCGAUUUCCAACUUUAUGCCAACACCGCCUGGGACAAGAUGAUCGACCUGACGAAAGAACAUGCCCACAGGCAUGUAAGAAGUGUCUUCAAAAUGCGCCACAAGAAGUCACGCCGCUCUCGACAAAAGAAGCAUAGUAGCGGCGGCAACGGCGGCAACGGUGGAUCGUGCGACUGCGCAGCGGGACCAAAUGACUGCCCACCAGGACCACCUGGACCUCCUGGUGAGCCAGGAGCAGCGGGCGACGACGGAUCAGACGGAGAACCAGGUGUACCUGGUACUAAUGGAAUUUCCAUAAUGUCAGGAAUGUCCGGAUCCGGGUCCGGUUACGAUACAGGAACAGGUUCAGGAUGCCAGCAAUGUCCUGCAGGUCCAGCAGGACCUCCAGGAGAGCCUGGACCAAUGGGUCCACCGGGACCGGACGGACAACCAGGACCACCAGGCCCAGGCGGCUAUGUAAGACCACCUGGGCCACCAGGACCGCCAGGACCACCCGGAAAGAAUGGACAGCGUGGCCAUGGAAAGCCUGGUUGCGGUGGGCCAGUUGGACCAUCUGGCCCAAUGGGACAACCUGGACCAAUUGGACAGCCAGGAGGCCCCGGCCAAAUGGGACAACCAGGUUCCAAUGGAGCAGGAGGAAUUGAAGGCCCACCUGGAAAACCCGGUAAACCUGGUCCACCAGGACCCCCAGGACCACCUGGAAAAGAUGCCGCUUAUUGUCCAUGUCCACCUCGUUCCACACCAGGGGGCUAUAGCGAUAGUGGCUCAGAAUCAUCUAGUAGCAGCGCUCCAGCACCUGCAUACCCUUCAGAUGAACCCGCCGAAAGUGUUCCUUCAGAAGAGUACGGGUCAGAAUCUUCGUACGAUUCAGCUCAGCCGGAAAGCCAGCUCAUGGAAGGAGAAUCUAGCGGUCCUGCUGAACCAGCCCCUACUGGAGACGGAAGCAGUGCUCCCGUAGAGAGCAGCGCUCCUGCUGAGACCAGCAGUCCUGCUGCAAUGCCUCAACUCCUAACAGGAACCGUUGCAUCAGGAUACAGUAGCCCAGGAUCUAAGCCACCGAGUGGGUCGCCAGCACCAACAUACGGUGGCGCUCCUUCAGGCAACUACAAGAGACACAGAAAGAUGGCCAAGCGGGUCCGUAGAGUCAAGAAGGUCCGCAGAGUAAGGGCUAAGGCUGCCAGGAAGGUUGUUAAGGCUUAA